AUGGUGACCCAACUCAAUGCCCUUGGUGGUCCAGAGUCAGAGAGUCAGAACAUUGUUCAGAGCUUUGCAGAGGUACUUGGUGACAAGUACCACUACGAGAAUACCAUCAACAGCUCUCUGCUCUGGACUGUUGGGUACACCCCUUACAUUCCCCCAGCUCUGAAAGGAAGAAGCUUCCCUUCUGUCGAGAGCUUCUUCCUGGAUGAGUGGGAUCCACUGACACUCCUGCAGACUCCUCAGGUUCUGUCCACCAGUGUUUCCAUCGAGGAAGACAACCUGAUCCAGUCUGCUGCAGGCCUAGUGUCUCAAGUUCUGUCCACCAGUGUUGCCAUCGUGGAGAAUUACCUGAUCCAGUCUGCUGCAGGCCUAGUGUCUCAGGUUCUGUCCACCAGUGUUUCCAUCGAGGAAGACAACCUGAUCCAGUCUGCUGCAGGCCUAGUGUUUCUGGUUCUGUCCACCAGUGUUUCCAUCGUGGAGAAUGACCUGAUCCAGUCUGCUGCAGGCCUAGUGUCUCAGGUUCUGUCUACCAGUGUUUUCAUCGUGGAGAAUGACCUGAUCCAGUCUGCUGCAGGCCUAGUGUCUCAGGUUCUGUCCACCAGUGUUUCCAUCGUGGAGAAUGACUUGAUCCAGUCUGCUGCAGGCCUAGUGUCUCAGGUUCUGUCUACCAGUGUUGCCAUCAUGGAGAAUGACCUGAUCCAGUCUGCUGCAGGCCUAGUGUCUCAGGUUCUGUCCAGCAGUGACGCUAGAGUGAAGGAUCGUGAUGAUUCCACACUGAGAGACUCCAACCAACUUGAGGUCCAUGUGGCUGAUGUCUCAACCAAGAGAAGUAGACUAGUCAUCACUAUUUCUAUGUUUUCAUCCGAGAGUGGCAAUGCUUCGGUCCAUGAAGUUGAUGCUAUUGCUACCAGCCUGGAGCACUCUGCUGAGAAAAUGUCUACCUCUACCGCUAAUGGCCAUAUUGUUUCAUCCACUGCUGUAGCCAAUCAGAAGAAAACAAGGGGUGGAUUCAUCUCAUCUCUACGGAGACUGUUCACAAGAAAGAACAGGAUGCCUGCUUAAAGUGGCAUCAAAGAAGGAGCACGUUCACUUGGUUGACCGCCUCAAUGCUGAAGUCACCCACUGAGGACACUCACUCACUGCUGAAGGCAUCCAGAAUGAUGCUUCUGUUUCUCCUCAACACCACCUACACCCCUGCCCCUCUCCCCCACACCAAACCCUACCAGGGUUGAGGUGAAUUCCAGAUCAAUUCAGUCAAUUCAGCAAGUCAACUGAAAUUCCAAUUCCAAUUGUUUCUCAUAGGAGGCAAUGAGGUAAAUUUGAAUUGCUAUUGGAAUUUCAGUUUACUUACUGAAUUGACUGAAUUGAAAAUGAAUUGACCCCAACCCUGAUCCCCAAGCCCCCACCCCAUCCAUUUCUAUCUUCAGUAAAUUUUGUAGAAUUUUAUUUGAAGUUGUUUUGGAUCUUCAUUAAAACCACAAUACAUCUCUAAUGAGGGUCACUCAUGUUACACAUCUAGAUUUAUCAUCAAAUAUCGUAGAAUUCAACAACAAAUGCAGAAAAACUGAAAACUUUUGCUGACAUUCGGUUACAAUGUAACUACACUGAACAAAAAUAUUAGCGCAACAUGUAAA